CUGAGAUAGUUCCCACUUUGCCGUUAUAUCUGGGCCCUUGGUGAGGACAGAGAAGGAGGGGAGCUCCAGGUACAUCCCUGGUGUGCAGGAGCUGCCUUGGAAUCGGCCCUCAGGACUGGGAUCCCGUGGGAGCGCUGCCAGUGCUGAGGUCUCCCUGCUCACCCCAGAAGGAGAAUCGGAGCACCAGAGCGCGCUGGAACUGCUGCUGCUCCCCUCCCAGGCUCGGGGGUGAGGAGGGCUCCUCUUGAGCCUGCCAAUGCUGAUUCCUGCUGCUAAAGAUGGCUCAGAAAUGGGCAGUUCUGGCUGUGCUCCUUUUCUUGCCAAUCAAUCUGGUUGAAGCACCUUUUUAAUGUCUUUUAUCAUCUUAUGCAGCUCACAACACGGUGAGUGUAGAGGUUGGCCAUGAAGCUGUGCUGGAUUGCCCCAACAUCUCCAAGGUGCCUUUGCUGCUGGUGACGUGGAAGGGGAAUUGCAGAAGUUGCUGCUGGUUGUCCUAUAGAGGGGAUCACAGUAAGACAAGCAGGCUGAACUGCAGUGAGAGGAUCACGUGGAAAUAUUCACCUGUCAGUGACCCUGCGCUUCGUAUUUACCCCGUGAGCCUCGGGGACGAGGGAAUUUACACCUGUGAAUUUGCCAACAGGGAAGGAAAUUUUAACUUUUCCUCUUCUCUGACUGUGAUAGUCCCUCCUACGGUGACUCUGACCCAUGACAAGAGCAGGGUGGCUGUGUGCCAGGCAUCUGCAGGAAAGCCAGCUGCUGACAUCUCCUGGAUCCCUGCAAGCAAUCACAGCUCCGAGGAAGAAUUCCAUCACCCCAAUGGAACAGUGACCAGAGUGAGCUACUUUGGCUGGGCCGACAGCUCAUUUCCCUCUGUCACCUGCCUGGUCACCCACGCAGCCAUGAACCAGACUCUGGUCAUGGAUCUGAGAUACACCUCCCACAGGCUUCUCUACAUCCUGACAGGAGCAGCUGCAGGUGUCCUUGCUGUCACUGGUGUGACUUUAUCCUUGAUUUUCAGGCGCAGAGCUUGCAGGUUACGUAAACGGGCACAGGGCCCAGCAGAACACUUUACAACUAGAGCCUGGAAGUUCCCACCUUCACGUGCAACAAGAGCAGCAGUCAAACCUCCUGACUUUCCAGAGAGCAUCUAUAUGAAUUACAGCCCAAGAUCUAUUUAUGUGUGCUUAUAA